UUGCUAAAAUGAGCAGAAUAAUGCAAAGGGAAGUUUGACUCAAGAAAACAGCCGAACACAACUCCCGUCCCUUCUUUUGUAACAGCACCGCUGCAGAUCUUGACUUUUAUAUACGGGCAAGAAAAUGAAAGCAGCCGGUGACGUAAAGGAAACGAUUAUUCUGGUGGCAAAGGAAGCCUAAAUUUAAACUCAUCACUAGCUGCUUGUUGACCACAAGGCGGUAGCUGCUGCUCUAGAAUAAAGGAUUUGCAGACUAGGCUCGCAAGCAUGGAUGUCAUCUACAAAGAGGAGCUGAUGUACCUUCAGACGGUAAAGUUUGGAAAAAGAACAUGGCGCAAAAUACGGAUGGUGCUUUUCAAGCCCAGCUCUACAGGUGUCGGCCGGCUGGAGCUACUGCCUCCGGCGGAGAGCAACUCCAUCACCGACCAGAUGAAGGUCGGUCGGCAGAAAACGCCGGAGAGGAAGGUGGUGCGUCUGAGCGACUGCCUCAGCGUCACCUUGGCUCAAAAGGAGUCUUGUCCCGCCGGCUGCGCGGCCUUCUACCUGAACACCACGCAGACAGCCUACACCUUCGCCUCCGCCACGGCCCAGGACUGGCUGGACGCCCUCAGCCUUCUGGCCUUCCAGAAGGAUCCUGGAGAAGCAGACAAAGGGGAUUUUGAUGGAGGAAAUGGCUUCACCAUGGAGGAUAAUGACCUUUACUCGUCUUGGAAAAGAGAUGUGACACUUCCUCCAAACCAGUUCAAAGUGACUGUCCAGAGCACAGAGGCCUCCAGGAGGUGCAGGCUGACCGGGGAGUAUCUGGUCUGCCCUGACAUAGAGGCUGUGACGCUGCUGGACAUCAGUACCGGUUACACCAUCUACAGCUGGCCUUACUGCCUCUUGCGGAAAUUUGGCCAGGUCGAGGCCGGGUUCAGCAUCGAAGCUGGCCGUCGCUGUGACUCGGGAGCAGGAGUGUUCACCUUCCUGACCCGGCACGGUUCCCAGAUCUUCCAGGUCAUAUCCAAGCAGUGCGCAAUGGAGAGGGAGGCGAUGGUCCAGCCUGUCACUGUCCACAGAAGAUCAUCAUCCGACAUCACCGCCGCUGUCCUCCGGGCCGCACCCAGCAACAGGCCAGCUGGGCCUCCCGUCUACAAUACCGCAGAUGAUUCUGGUGGCGCGUGUGACUCGUCUGCCGAUGUUUACUCUACAGUUACUGUGAAAAACAUGAAGCGGCUAUCUCUUGUGAGACCCAACGCCAUCGGCAUGGAGGGAGCGGAAGAUGCGGAUGAUGGUGAGGUCGAGCGCUGCCAUUCCCUCGGGGCCCUAAGCCUGUGUGACGACGUGGUGGACAGCAUUUAUUACAACCUGAGGAGAUCGACGCCUCCUCUGCCAAGAAAAGAUCAAUCAAAGUCCGAGGGAGAUAUUUCAGAAUCCAUCUAUUCGGACGUGAAAAAAAAGGAUUCUCCCACAGAUCUCGACUUUCAGGCUUCCCCCUCUUCCCUAACUCAGCUCGAACCCCAGGCUCCUCCCUUCACGCCCGCCAAAUCCGGUCCCUACGUUCCCAAGCCCCGAACCCAGCUCCCGCCCCCCACAAAUGCCAGCAUCCAGCCAGGGUAUAGUACACAGUCACAGGCUGUAGAUGACAUGACAGAGACGGAGGAGCCGAUGGCCUCCGUUGCACCCACAGAGCCCCCUGGCAGUUUUAAACACAGGCUGGCAGAAAUCCUUUCCAAGGACCUGGCAAAGUUCCAGCCUCCUCUUCCCUAUGGAGAGAGCGGCCCCACGUUUUCUAAUUCAGGCUUUUAGCUAACAGACAGAUUGUGAGGAGCUAUUUUAACCGUGAUAAAUGGUCAUAAAGUGUAAUUAGUUUCUUUAUCUCUGUAAUAUACCUUCUACUGGGAGCAUGCGGUGAAGCACUGUUGCUCAUAAAUGUGUACAUGCAUCUGGGAUGAACUUUUUUUUUCUGUUGUUGCAAAAAGGCGGGGUGUGGGGGGGGAGUUUUUACUAUUUAAAAUUUUCUCUACUCACAGUGACAAUAUAACGAGAAUGAUUGUGCACCCGAUUGUUGCUGUUUCAUUGUAGCGGUGUCAAAUAUGUAAAUGGACGGCUUUGCAGCAAGAUGGAAAGAAGAAGAACCCUCGUUGCAUUUCGCUGUAAAUAUUCCAUGUACCCUUCAGAGACAGAAAUAACUUAAAAUGCACCUUCACGUCUUAAGUAUCUCUUUAUUGUAGCAACACAACCCUCAUAACAUGUCACUUAGCAACACAUAAAUAGAAAAAUACUUGUCUUUAAUUAGAAACAAAUGUGACUUAUGACAUUGGAAAUGUCACCAGUACUGGUUCAGGACAUAUAAAGUGCAAAAAAAGGACGAGGGGCGGCCGUAAGAAGUCACUGUGGCCCCAGGGAAGAAACAAAGUCAAGAUCUUUGUGGUUUUACUUGUUCUUUUUCGGUGAAACGUGUAAGGUAUUAAUGAUGAUGGAUAUGCAAUAGCACUGUCUCCUGUGAUCAACAUGUUGUCUCGUGUCCUAUAAACAAACUGGUAACCAACUGGA